AUGAAGCCCGUAGUCGGUGCCAUUCAGGCAUGGAGCUGCAUCGUAAUAUCUAUUUUCGCAAUCGUCAUUCUCUCUGUAAUAGGAGUGCUAUUCAAGUCCAACCAUCACUCAUUUGUGGGCUCCAUUGAAGAUCCUCCCAAUGGUGCUGCCGUUGCUAGCACAGUUUUCUCUGCGGUAACUGUUUAUGCGCUUUUCCUCAUUGGCUGUAGCUUUCAAGCAUACUUACAUGCUCGCGAAAAUCGAAAAGGUGCCAUCAGAAUCUCGUGA